GGGAGAGAUGACGAAGAAGAAGCCGUCAAAACAGAGGAAGAGGCCAUCGGAGCCAAUUUCGGCGAUUAAACAUGAUUUUUUUCAGGUUUCAAAUUAACUUCUACACAUGUCGUCCAACAUUUAUGUUUUUAAGGAGCAUGUAAACCUCUGCCAUGUCUCAACCUGAGCAUCUAAACACAAGCCCUUUUUGCUUGUCUGAAUUUUUGGUACAGAGGAGGCUGCUUGGCUUUGGGGCACUGUUGGCCUGGAUGGUCCUCUUCCACUUACUGGUCAAUAUAUGGCUUCUCUGUGUCUUCACAAGCUUCUUAGUGGUCUUAGGUGGAUGGCUCGGAUCUCAGGCUUUCCUGGACUCUGACAAUGUCAUCCACCUGGAGCGGUUUGUCAAACUAGAGGAGAUCACGUCUAGCACUGAGAGUGAGCAACAACUGGAAGAUGAAAUCCAGAAGACAGUCGGCAAGAUCAUACGAGACUUUGUCUCCUCGUGGUACAGCACUGUGUCCAGAGAACAAGAGUUUGAAGAUGAGGUGCACAAUGCCAUGAUCUCCAUGGCGAUGGAGCUGAAGGGUCGGGCGGAAAGGGUAGAUAGGAAAUCUUUAACGCAGAAGGUGUUGGAUCUAUCUGGAUGCCACCUUCAGUGCUACUUGAGUGCCAAGGAAAUCGUGGAUGGAAAAAAAGUUGGGGCAGGUGGUGAUGGCAGUAGUGAAACCAUGCUCUGGGAGGCCUACAGCAAUUUCUGCGUACCUCACCCUGCUCUUCAGAGCUGUGCUGUUGAGGUUAAUUACACAAGGGCCAUUGUGGAUCUUCUUUUGCAUGUUCUUGUACCUCCUCCACAUUUAGAAACCAGAACAGGCCGAUUUGUGGUGGGUGAACUUAUAACAUGCAACGUUAUUCUGCCUUUAAUUGCAAAAUUGUCUGACCCAGACUGGUUAAACAUGUUGAUUGUAAGUUUCUUUACCAAAUCCAGCGAACCAACCCCAGAACCAGAAACCGCAGAAUUUCAGCCUCUGCCACAAGUUGUGACGAAUCAAGAAAAUGCACAGCAAGAACUUGAGAUUCCUCGUUUUUUGACCUUAAAAGUAAUUCCUGAGACCCCUGCAGUAAUAGAGGCCCCAACACCAGAACUGGCAGCCUAUGAUGUCAUGGACUCCACUGAACUUUAUUCUCCUCAUAAUCUGGAGGAAGAUGAACCACGGCCAACAAAACCUUUUCCAUUGGGUUUCGGCCCAAGGGAUUACCUCAGACUCAGCAAGCCCAAUCCAUUUUAUCAAGAAACAGACUCCGAUUUAGACUCUCCUUUGACAGACUUUAAAAGGAGUUCUCUAGAAUCACUGGUUCUGAUUGGCACAGAGGAGACACUUUCAGAAAGAUUCACCAAAUGCACCACGCCGAUAGAUAGUGUCUUGGACCUUGUAAGUGAACUUCCAACAUACACCAAUUCGACAGAGAAGGAGUGCCCCAAGGUUCUGGUCUCAGACCAUCAGGAGUUGUCAUUCCAUUCCACCGGUGUGACAGAGAAAGAGUCAUCAAGCUUUUGCACUUUCCAGCCUUUGGACAAGAGUAAUUCGAGUGCAGAUAAAGUGGGGGCGAUUGCGGAUCAGGCUGGCAUGGUUAAUCUCAGUGAGCUGGCUUUUACUGCGCCCCUGCUGGCCUCCGCACCGGCUGCUGGGACGGCAUCCCUAGCAACUUUCACCUUUGAGCCCCUCAGCAGCCCAGAGGGUCCAGUUAUUAUACAGAAUCUUCGAAUCACCGGCACCAUCACUGCCAAAGAACACAGAGGCACAGGGUCGCAUCCCUACACUCUCUACACUGUAAAGUACGAGACAGCUGUGGACACUGAGAAUCCAGGGACUUUGCAGCCUUUGGCCUAUCACACUGUCAACCGACGAUACAGUGAAUUCCUCAACCUUCAGACCCGUUUGGAGGAGAAACCUGAAUUACGCAAAAUUCUGAAAAAUGUGAAAGGACCAAAGAAAAUCUUUCCUGAGCUUCCAUUUGGAAACAUGGACAGUGACAAAGUCGAAGCCAGGAAAAGUCUUUUGGAAACAUUCCUUAGACAACUUUGUGCCAUUCCUGAAACAGCCAACAGUGAAGAAAUGCAAGAAUUUCUUGCUCUAAACACUGAUGCGAGAAUUGCCUUUGUCAAGAAACCUUUCAUCGUUUCACGCAUAGAUAAGAUUGUGGUGAAUGCCAUAGUAGACACUCUGAAAACAGCCUUCCCUCGUUCAGAGCCACAGAGCCCUACUGAUGAAAUAGAUGCAGAGCCUGAUGGGAAAUUCUCCACAGACAAAAAAUCAAAGUCUAGAAUGAGGUUCUCUAGUAAAAUUGCACCUGCUCUUAAUGUGUCUGAAUUGAGACCCAAAGUGGUUUACUGCUUUGAUGAAAGUAGCACUGUUUUUAAUGGCUUCUCACUGAACGGUUUAGAGAGGUUCAUCUCAGAGAUGGAGUGUUUUGAGGGUAAAGCUCCAGGCUUUGAUACUGAUCUAGACAGAAACGGGGCACAUGGACCCGAAUGGGACACGAAACCCUGCACAUGUGCCAGAGCAAAGCAACAGAAUGCACCUAUUCUCGGUGACAUUGCUAGUGAGACAGCUCUGUCUAACCUGGCUUUGAAUAUCCUGUGUCUGCUCAUGAAGAAUCAGUGGAGCUGGCUGUGCACAGAGAACAUUCAGAAGACCAUCAGACUGCUGUUUGGAACCUUCAUAGAAAGAUGGCUGGAGGUGGGUGGGGUUAACCUGACCUGUAUGCAGUAUUGGGUGAUUUAUCUGCGGGUGCUGCAGGAUGCCAUCUGGCCCGGGGGGAAUCUGCCGGCUCAGCCCCGGCCCCAACGCAGCCAGCAGCAGAAGGAGGAGUCCAGAAAGCAGGCUUUGCAAUGCCUUAUGAAACUACUACCUGGUCUAAUCUCUGAUAUACUUGGCUCUGAAAAGUACAUGAGAUCUUGGCAGACGGUUGCGGAUUCUUUUCAGGACCCCACCAUAAACAGGCACCUUGUUUACUGCAUCUGGGACCUGCUUAUUGAGUUUCUCGUCCCAGAGGUGUCUGACGGGGACUUUCAGAAAACACUUCUGCACAGCCUGUCAAAAAAUGCUGAGAAGUUGCCACCAUAGGCAUGUUGGAGCAGACUGGAGAAAUAAACACACGUGCACAUAAAAGUGUCGCUUAUAAAAGAGUGUUAAAUUGUGGUCAACUAGCAGCGUGAGAUGAAAGUACAGGUAGAAACAUGUGAUCAACAAUUGUCAUGUUCCCGUGUUCAGACUGUGGAUUUGGAUCCAUGAUUGCUUGUGUCUGGCACCAAUUUAGUCUCCCUGGUUCUGGGACACAAACACACUGAAUACAUUCGGGCUAGUCUUGAUUAAUGGCCACCUGUUUUGUGUUUUAUCAAAACACAACUCCAAUCUCUAAAGCCCCACAUACCGGAUCUGAAUUACUUGCAAGUUCUCAAGCUUUUAUUCACCUUGUUCCCAAUUCAGCUUUUGGUAAAGCUCUUACAGAUGGACUUGACAAUGGUGCAGAGUUCAAAAUCAUGACUGUAUAAUAUUCAGACUAAUAGGGUAAUUCUCACAACAACUGUCAAGAUAAUGUCCGGGUCAGAUUUAAAGGGAUAGUUCACCCAAACAUGAAAAUUCUCAUCAUUUUCUCACUUUCAUGUCAUCCCAGAUGUGUAUGACUUACUUUCUUCUGCAGAACACAAACGAAGAUUUUUAGAAGAAUAUCUCUGCUCUGUAGGUCCUUACAAUG